ACAGUAACAGAAGAAGACGAGGGAACUAGUGUUUUCUAGAACACUAGUUUCCGGUCGACGUUAUUUAGAGUCAGGACUGGUUCUCUCGCGCUCUAACGACAUCAGUUGUAUCAUUUAUUUCGCUUUUAUUGUGGGUAGUAGCAUGGCUGUCCCAGGUCCUAAUAAAGACAACAUCAGAGCUGGCUGCAAGAAAUGUGGAUAUCCGGGCCACUUGACCUUUGAGUGUCGAAACUUUGUCAGAGUCGACCCCCAGAAAGACAUAGUUCUGGAUGUGAGCAGCACCAGCAGCGAGGAGAGUGAGGACGACGCCCCUGUACCUCCACGCAGUGAGAGGGUGGGGGGGAGUGUUCAGCAUCCUAAAGGGUCUGAUGAUGAAAGAAAAAAAAAUUUCAGAUGGAAGAAGAGCAGAGACAGAGGCUCAAAAAAGAGGUCUGCUUCAUCUUCGAGUGAUGAGGAGGCUACAAAGAAGAAGAAGAAGAAGAAGCACAGCAAAUCGUACUCCUCAUCUGAUGAAGAGGACAGCAAAAAGAAAAAGAAACUAAAAAGUCAAAAGAAAAAGAGCAAAAAGAACAAACAGGAGCAUGGGAAACAUCAUAAGAGGCAGAAGAAAAGGAAACAUGACUCUCCCUCCUCUUCUUCUAGCUCCAGUGCAUCCUCAGACAGUGACUAAGACAACUGCACCACGUCGGCUCUGGAGGUUCAUUAUUUAUUCUCCAAUCCAUGUGCAACCCAAUCCCACCCUUGUAGAGUUUGAAUGAACAGGUAUGUGCACAGCUUCCUGAAGCAUUUGGGGUCCAGCCAGAAAACAUUCUUUUCCUAGUUAAAUGUUCACAUUUGACAAUGCUUGAAGCACACAGUGGAAUCUUGAGUCACAUGGUACAGUCUCUUUCUCUACAUUUUCUCAUCCACUUAUAAUUAAGACACUUAAGAAAACCUCCAGGAUAUGUGUACAUAUGAAGUGUAGUUGCUUCCUGUUGACUCUUCAUGAUGCGGUUGUGACAAAGUGAGGGCUCAGUUGUUUGAUUAUUUCUUCCUCCUCUUUUUGAAGGCCCCUAGUUAAAAAACCUUUGCUUGUAUAUGCAAUAAUUGUUAAAGAAUUGCCUGAAUGCAGGCUUUUAGGAAGUAACUCAGCCUUCAUAUAUUUUUGUGCUGUACUAUUUCAGUCCUUGCUUUUGCUAUAGUCAUUUUUGGACCUUCCCACUUGUGUUUUAUAUUAUAAUAAAUAUAUAUUUGUAUUAAA